AUGGCUUUCAACAAACUGACCUCAAGUGUUGCCUUGCUCUAUGACCAGUAUCUUAAAAAAGCAGAUCCGAGGGUUGAAGACUGGCCUCUCAUGUCGUCCCCAGUCCCUCAAACAAUAAUCAUCCUUUCCUACAUCUACUUUGUCACGACGUUUGGACCUCGACUAAUGGAGAACCGCAAACCCUUUAACCUCAAGCAGCCAAUGAUCAUCUACAACUUUGGCAUUGUUGUGUUCUCGCUAUACAUGAUUUAUGAGUUUCUCAUGUCUGGCUGGGCUAAUGGAUACUCAUACCAGUGUGAUGUUGUGGAUUAUUCCAGCUCUCCUCAGGCUCUCAGGAUGGCUUGGACUUGCUGGCUCUAUUACUUCUCAAAGUUCAUCGAGAUGCUGGAUACUGUUUUCUUUGUUCUGAGAAAAAAGAAUAGCCAAGUCACUUUCCUUCAUGUGUACCAUCACUCAAUCAUGCCCUUUACAUGGUGGUUUGGGGUCAAGUUUGCUCCAGGUGGCCUGGGAACCUUUCAUGCCCUGCUGAACUGCUGUGUCCAUGUGGUCAUGUACACCUACUAUGCCCUUUCUGCUUUGGGACCAGCCUACCAGAAGUAUAUCUGGUGGAAAAAGUACAUGACUACUAUUCAGCUGGUUCAGUUUGUGAUGGUGACUGCCCACAUUGGCCAGUUUUUCUUCAUGAAGGACUGUCCUUACCAGUUCCCGGUGUUUCUCUACGUCAUCGGCCUGUAUGGACUCAUCUUCCUGAUUCUCUUCCUCAAUUUCUACUAUCAUGCAUACACCAGGGGGAGAAGGUUGCCUAAAGUCCUGCAGAAGGGAACAUGCUGUCAGAAUGGUGCACACAAAACUGAGUAA